UCUUUAAAUAAAAAAUUGCCUACAAUGAAAGAUAAAUACGAAAAAGAAGAGGUUGAAGUUAAGUAACGUGCAACGCAUGCGCAUUUUUACGGAGUCACGCCUGAUUCUAGAUACGUGUUCCGUUUACCGUUGAUUGUGGUCAAUCAAAAAACCGAAAAAUAGUUUAUUAUUUAUUGCUUAUUUAUCUAUUUCUCUGUUGGUUCUAGAACGGUCUCGAAGGAGGGAUCCGCCAUUCCUCACCCAGACGUUCUUUGUGUUUCUGUGCUGUAAAGUUAAUUACCGGUGAAUUCACUUUUAAUUAUUUAAUUGGUUCCUAUGAUUUAAUUGGUACUGGUCGUUAAGUUUCACCUAAACUACCUGUAAACUUUCCAUUUCUCAAUUACUUGUCCCCGCAACGCCAGCGACUUCAGGGGAGCCCCUCAGUUUCAGAAUGUCCUCAACUCAGUCGGUCGCCUCCUGGUACGCAAAUAAAAAUGUUUUUAUCACCGGAGGCAGCGGCUUCCUAGGCCUUUGCCUCUUGGAGAAGCUGCUCCGCUGCGUACCGAACAUCGGCGAUAUAUACCUGCUGCUCAGACCGAAGAAGGGUAAGAGCGUGGACGCUCGGUUGGAAGACCUGAAAAAAAAUUCCGUCUUCGAGACGUUACUCCAGUCGAAGUCGGUUGAACAGUGCUUCUCGCGCGUCAAGGCGAUAGCCGGCGAUAUCGCCGAGGACGGCCUGGGAAUCUCGGCCUCGGAUCGUCAGAUCUUGGUCGGCAACGUGAACGUAAUCUUCCACUCGGCGGCCACGCUCGACUUCGCCGAGGGAUUCAAGCAGACCGUCCAGAUUAACCUGCUCGGCACGCGGCAGGUGCUGGCGCUCGCGAAGGAAUGUCGAAAUUUCGCGGCGUUCGUCCACGUGAGCAGCGCGUACGUGAACUCCUUUCAGACGGAAUCGGAGGAGAUUUUUUAUCCGUUAAAAGGCGAUCCGGAGGACAUCAUUGCGGUCGUGGAAAAAUCGAGCGAAAAGGAGUUGGAGGAGAGAUCUGUCGAACUGCUGAACGGGCACGCGAAUACUUACACGUACACCAAGCAGAUGGCGGAGAAGGAGGUGGAGAAGAUGGAGAAAGUGUUUCCCUGCGCAAUCGUACGGCCGUCGAUGAUCGUCGGCGCGUGGAAGGAGCCCGUUCCCGGCUGGACGGCCAGCAAAAACGGGCCACAGGGAUUCCUAAUGGGGGCCUCUAAGGGUAUCAUCCGCCGUCUGCCCGUCAGCAAAGAACUAAUCUACGACUACAUUCCGGUCGACGUCGUCGUCAAUCAACUGAUCGUGGCCGCGUUUCGUGCAGGAUCGACGUCCUCGAAAAAACUGGAGAUAUUCCACUGCACCUCGAGUACCCGCAAGCCGUUCACGUGGAGCUCCGUGUACGGCCAAAUCAAUUCCUACCUGCAUACGUAUCCACUGAAGUCCGCCGUGUGGUACCCGCACCUCAAGCUGCUCCCGAGCGUGACGUGGUUCCGGAUUUCCGCAUUAUUUGUUCACUUCUUACCGGCUAUAAUCCUGGACGGGCUCACCAAACUGGCCGGCGGUCGACCGAUUUUGAUGCGGUUGCAUCGUAACGUUAACGCCUCACUCGACCGACUCGAGAAGUUUAUAUUCACCGAGUUCAUUUUUAAGGCCGACAACACGCAGUUACAGGAAUGGCUGACGAGCGAGGAUCAGGUUAUGUUCAAUUUGGACUUGUCGUCGCUCAGGUGGCCGGAGUUCUUCGGUGACCUGGCCAGGGGAGUUCGCGUUUAUUUAAACCACGAGAAGAUGAGCAACAUCGAGGCGGCCCGAGGAAAAGACACCAUGUUGAUGGUGCUGCACCUGGCACUUCAACUUGCGAUCUAUUCCUUGCUGUGGUACACGUUCGCUUGCCUAACCGGUUUGAGCAUGUCGAAGUCGAUGCUUGUUGUUCCAGUAUUUUACGUGUUAUUUAGUUUCGUGUAGUGAGUAUAUAUAGGUUGAGGCGGUUAAAAGUAUUUGGUGUUAUGUAUUUUUUUGAAUAAUUACAAUAAAGAAUUACAAUAA